CGUCAUGAUUCUGCCCCCCACCACCUCGAGCUCUGGGAUGCUGAGGCAGAACAGAAGCGUAUCGGCGGCACCACGAGUGAGAGUAGGAUGAGGACGCAGAAUGAGAAUUGGGUGUGCAGGAUAUGAUGUCUGGGAAAGAAGGAGAGAACAAACUGCAUGUGUUUCCACUCUGGGGUCCAGAGGGCUGAAUGGGUCACUCCUCCCACUGUAGCAGUGUUGGCCAGCAUCUCGCUCAGCAAAUGAGUGUGGAAUAGGACCGGUCUCCAAAAUAAAAGUGAGAGGACAAGAGAGAAGAGGAGACAAAGGCGCAGACGGGUGGAAACCCAGUGUUCUUGUUGUUACUUUGACAUCAUCACUUGGAACGAAAUAUGAGAUCUGGAUGAGUUUGACUCAAGAUUUUUAUGUUUUAACCUCUUGAGGGAGCCGUCGAUGUACUUUUAGAGUACCGGUAAUUGUGGUUGGUCGAACAUUCCUUAGAAGGUUCAGCACUUUACUAUAUUUUACUAAUUUGUGGAUAACUGUGGUUCACUGAAGUAGAAAAACUUUAUAAAUUACUUUGCAAACCUUUCCAGACUCACAAAUGUCAACGAUACUUAUCUCAGAUCAUGGAAACACAAGAUGCUUUUAAGGCUACUUCAUGUUGUGGGUGUUUGUAUUUAAGGGAUGACUUGAUUGUGCAAGUCUGGCAUUUACCAAGGUGAAAUAAAACUGAGCUUUUCAUAAUGUCUUAGUUGAUUAGUUAAUUACUAAUUUAACCAAAUGAAUGAUUACAAUUUCAGAUUAGGCCAUGUUGGUCUGGAUUGACCUACUCUCAAUAAUUAAUAGUAUUUUUAACUGCUUAUUUGUAUUUACUCUUGUUAUGUUUGUCCGAUUUUAAAAUUUCUUGACUAAAAUCUGUAACAGAACAGUUACUGCUUAUUAUUAUUAGAUGCAUGACUAACAGUUUAGUUGAACUGAUCUUCUUAAUUCUUUCACAACAUAUUCUUUUCUGUUUUCUGUGUACUUCAAGCAUAUUUCACCUAAUAUUGAUUUAUUUAUUUAUUAAGUCCACAGUUACAGUGAAUGGCAGCUUUUGUGUUGAUCCUAAUUACGACCUUCCAUGCCCAAAGUCAAAUAUUGAUUUAAAAAGCAUUUUUCAGUGGAGGUGCAGCAGAGCAGAAAGCAUGUAAUUAUUCUUAGCUUUGUUGAAUUUAAGGUUAGACUCUUUUCAGCUGGAGCCUCUCUUUGCAGAAUCCACUUUGGGCUUUCUCUACAUCUAGCCAAGCUUUAAAAGUGAGACACUUUUUUCCUGACAUGGCAAAGAGGCCUAUUCUUCUAUUUUCAUAUUAUCUGUGCUUUUGCAAGGGCUAUUCUUUCAUUUAAACCACCAGUGUUCACGCUAAAAAUCACCAAAAAUGGCAGUAAACCUUUAUUUACUUUCUCACCCAUUGACGGAUUAUUGAACAGUAGCUACAGGGCCAGCAAGAAUUCCUGCCAAGCCAAACUUAAUUGACUGUGUACUAAAGACCCAAUUGACAAAAUAUGUUUUCAUAUGAUUUCUAUUUAAUAAGUUUUCAGACAGGUAGCACUGCAUAUUUGGACACUAAAGGGCAAACUCAAAGUUUCCACCAUUUGCAUUAAUAUUAUAUUAAUUUAUUAUCUUCACAAAAUAAUCUGCUUAUUUAGUUCUCUCAUUCUGACUCUUACAAGUUGAAUGAAAUUGGAAAAAAAAAUUAUAAAUCUUUUGGAUGUGUAGUUUUGGCAUCUGAAAUUACUGCAUGUGUAUGUGUUGUAUAAGUAAGUCUACUAUCAUAUUCUGAAAACCAAAUCCGACUGCCUUAAAUCUCAUUUAAACUCUGAAAUGAAUGAAAAAAGCAUUGCGUUUCCAAGUAGUCAUUUUAAACAAGCUUCAAAAAACCAGAAGAAAAGAUUAAACAAGACCAAUAUAAAAGAUUACAAAAGUCUAUUUCCUUGAAAGAAGAGUAUAAAUAAAUAAAAGAUAAUUAAAACCUUUUUGACACUGCAGUAAAAGAAAACUCUGUUUGCAUUUCUUGUUCUUGAGUAAACAGUUAUGAGUUGGAAGCAGUUGUUUGCUCCUUUCAAUCUUGUGAGAUCUCACAGAAGCUGAUAUUAUGAGAAAUAAUACCAAUAACAGUGUUUGCUGAAACAGUCAUAAGAAAAUCUAAAAAGGAACGAGACCUACCCUUCAACAGCACCGCUUUAAAAUGUUAAGGCUGCUGUAGUGGGCAGGCCCUUUAUUUUGCCACGCCUAUUUAGUCACAAUGCUGGAAUUCAUUUGAUAUUCUGGGGUGAAAUUAAAUGUAAUGCACUUCCACACAAAGCAGGUAACCCAUUCUCUUUUCACUCCAAAUCUUUCCAUUCUCAGCAUCUACUUGUCCAUAGUCUGCAAAUGACUAAACCCCAGCCCUCUUUUAAAAUGCCAUCCUGAGCAACUGCCUGUAUAGUACAGGCAGAAGCAUCUGAAUGACAUCUAAAAUGAUAGAUGUCAUUUUAGAUGUAUCUAAAAAUAAAAAUAAAUAAAAAGUAUACUAAUUCAUAUUUUAUAUUGUGAUUUCAAUUAUAUUAGGAUAAUUAGGUGUUUCUUUGUUUUUUAGUUUUUUCAGUCUGAUAGGUUUGUGUAUGACAACACACUGCAGUUUAAUGGAAUUCAAUUGAUCACAUUAUGCCUUUAUGUGUCUGGUCAGCUUGGCCUCUGUGUUCCUCCAGCCUUUGAAGAAAAAUGCAUUGAAAUUUAUAGCUAUUUCCUUGAGAAGUGCAUGUGAUCUCCUAUAGGUAAAAGACAAAAUAUCAGAAAACAGAAAACAUCAAAGCCUGAGGAUAUGACCUACAUGAGACCCUUUAGAUUUUCAACAUGAAUCCCAUCAUAUGUACAUGUCAGUAUGUGAUGCGUAGUUUUAUCCAAAACUUUGAUCUACUGUGCUUAUUCGUUGAUUUCCUUUGAAAAAUUUUCUUCCAUCCUCUGGCUAAAUUUAUUCCAAAUAUUAAAAAGUAAUAAUUUUAAACAUGAUUACUUGGGCUUAUUUAUUGGGAAUUUUUUUAUGUAGCACUCAGUGAUUGCUUCCCUACAUUGUUUAGGUCAUUUAUUUUUGCAUAUAUAAACAUCCUCUACAAAGAUUAAUGCAUUUAAAAUAAAAGCUUAUGAAUAAUUAAUAUAUAUGUACAUUUUUAAAACCACACAUAUAUAUUUCAUACUGAUGUUUCUGUCUCUUCUUUUUCAGAUAUAAAUGGAGACGUCAUGCUUUCGCCAAGAAGCUGGACAUUCAUUUAGUUUUAAAGUGCUUCACAUUGAAUUGCAAAAAGCAUCUCUUCUCUCUAAAGCAAUCCAUUAUUGACAAUUGAUGUCAAAACACAUGCUUGAGCAGCUUAAUGCUGCCUCACUGGGUGAAACCUCACUAAUGGAAGGAAAACCUCAUAAGAGUCAGCUCAUCAAAAUACAUCUAAGAGUAGCAUAAUGCCUUCGAAAGUAUCAUGUUUAUACAUUCUGACAGUGGUUUGCUGGGCGAGCGCAUUGUGGUACUUGAGCAUUUCGCGGCCGACGUCCACAUAUGUCGGUCACAUGGCUAUGCCUAAACGAAGGAUUGUGAAGCCUCCUCCCAAAAACAUCACAUUCACCAACAUCCGCACGCGCCCCCUCAACCCACAUGCCUUCGAAUUUGUAAUAAAUGAGCCGAAAAAGUGUGAAAGCAUCACGCCCUUCCUGGUUAUCCUCAUCAGCACCACACACAAGGAGUUUGACGCACGGCAGGCUAUCCGAGAGACCUGGGGCGAUGAAGGCACUUAUAGCGACAUCCACAUUCUCACCAUCUUCCUUCUGGGGAGGAAUACAGAUGACGUGCUCAACCAGAUGGUGGAGCAGGAGAGUCAGAUUUUCCAUGAUAUUGUAGUAGAGAACUUUAUUGAUUCAUAUCACAAUCUCACCCUCAAGACUCUAAUGGGCAUGCGCUGGGUAGCGACGUUCUGCCCAAAGGCUCAAUAUGUCAUGAAGACAGACAGUGACAUCUUCGUCAACAUGGACAAUCUUAUUUACAAGCUUCUAAAGCCUAGCACCAAGCCCAGAAGGAGAUACUUCACAGGCUAUGUGAUAAACGGUGGUCCUAUCAGAGAUAUGCGCAGCAAGUGGUACAUGCCCAGAGACCUAUACCCUGAAAACAAAUACCCACCGUUUUGCUCAGGCACUGGCUACGUGUUCUCCGCAGAUGUAGCCGAGCUAAUCUACAAGACUUCUUUGCACACAAGACUGUUGCACCUGGAGGACGUGUAUGUGGGGAUGUGUCUGCGUAAACUAGGCAUCCACCCUUAUCAGAACAGUGGGUUCAACCACUGGAAAAUGGCUUACAGUCUUUGCAGGUACAGGCGCGUCAUCACAGUCCACCAGAUCCCCCCGGAGGAGAUGCACCGCAUCUGGAAUGAUAUGUCCAGUAAGAAGCACCUCAGAUGUUAGGAAUACAUAAGGAUCAACAAAGAAGAACUCCAAUUUAUCCAGCUGACCCCCUACCCAACCUCAUUUACUUUGGCCUUUGUAUCUCAUUACAAAUUGUCACAUUUAAUCAUGUAAGAACCUGCAGUUGCUUGUGCAAGUCCAUGUUUUAUGACACAUGGAUUAAUUAGCAUUAGCAUUAGCAGUGUGUACAGUCACUCACUCUUAAAGCAGUUGUUUAGGAGUUUUAAAGUUGGGUUCUGUUAAAGCGUUUAAUAUCUUCCCUGGAGAAUACAACUCUUAAGCAUGUGCAUUAAGUAUAAAUCUAGUUUGGUUUCUUCCAGAGGCUGAAACCUAGUCUAAAGUAGGAUUAAAGCAGAAUGUCUUAUACCACUCCAGUGAAAACAACUUCACAAUCGUCUAACACACCUGAAUUUGUUGACUUACGUCCACAGUAUGCAACCAAGUUCUCCAGAGUCUUGUUAAUGACGUCAUUAUUUGACUCAGGUGUGUUGAAGCAGACAUGUCUAAAAAUGGUCCCUUGAGGACUGAAGUUAAAGACCCCUGCUUUAGAGAGACCUAAAGGUUUUUGAACAUGGUGCCAUUUUUGAACAAUUGCACAAUCUUGGAGGAUUUCCAGACUAGUUUUAAACAUCUGAAUAGCACUGUUAGCUGUUUUUUAAAUAUAUAAUUUUAGCAGGUGAUGGAAGCUUUGUAAUCUUUGUACUAUAAAGUUUAACAGGAGCAUUUGAUACUGUUGAUUCCACAGUUUGUAUCUGGUGUCUGGAGCAAUUCAGUUACAGCACAGGGCUGGCAUAGUAAAAGAAAUUGCUGAUCUUAAUAUCAACAAGUUUCUGUCUACUCCAGCACCUCUUUCAUGUGGAGUUCCUUGGAUUCUGUUUUUUCCUCUUUUCUUUUUUUAUUUGUAUUCACUCCGUUUGGCAUCAAGUCAUUGUAAGCUCGGAAUUUUCCAACAUGCUAUGAAAGUAAAACAAAGAGUAUUUGUAUUCUCCCAUAUCAGUAUUUAUGAACAUAUUGCUAAUAAAUUGGGCAUAAUUGUGGUUUUGGAAAAUUAGUAAACAAAUGAGCCCCACAUUGCAGAAAAGAGUUUUAUAAAUAGGUAAGACAGCAGAAGCUAUAAUGACAACAACUAAAGAGAAUAAUACACACAUUACGGCUCAUCCUGGCUACUGCAGUGGACUUUAAAUUGAGGUCAACCAGAAGCCUUUUUUCACACCACUAGCUUACUAAAAGUGUUGUUUUAUCAUAUCCUAUGAAAAUCUGGGUUUGUGAAGUGGUAGCUCCCAAACUUUGCAACAACUUGCCUUUAAAAUUAGACAAGGAUUUUUUUUGUUGUGUUGAGGAGUUUUUGUAAACAUAACUGGUGCCUUAUGGCAUAGUGUAAGUGGCAACUUUUCUUUUACUGUUCUCUCUCUCUCUCUC